AUGAACAGAUGGAAUUGGAAAGAGUAUUGUGCAAAGAUACUUGAGGUUAUGCAAAUCCAAAAUGUGGAACAAGUAUUGGUUGGCAUGAAGCCAAAACCAAGGCCAGGUAGCAAUGAACUAAAAGAAUGGCCAAAGUCUAGUAGAACUGUGGACUCUAUUCUGAUGUGGAACAUGCCUGAUUCCAUCUUUUCAUGCAUCAAAUACUAUGAGACAGCCUGUGAAAUGUUCAACUACCUAGCAACUACCUAUGGCAACCCAAAUCCUAUCUCCAUCCCUGUAAAAUGUGUCAGUGCACCAGCUGAACAGUCAAGCAUUGGCAAGGAUGAACCAAUAGGAACAAAUGAACCAGAAGAUGAGACACUUGUACCACAUGUGAAGCCUGACAAACUGUCAAGUGAGCCACCUAAGGAGGUGACACUUGAGGGGAACAGUCAUGAUGAGGGUGGAGAGGUUGAAUUGAAGACUUUGAAGUCCACCAAAGAUGCACUUUGUCAGUGUGCAUCUCCAGUCAAGUUCAAAAGGGUGAAAUCAGUCAAAGUUGAGGGUGAGAUGUCUAGAGAGGUUAGCAAAGAGAGAGCUGCAGAGAGCAGUCUGGGCAAGGAAGCCACAGACAAGGCUGACAGCAUGGAUAUCACAGCCAAGAAGACAAUGAACCUUGAAGCUGAUGGUGGGGACACAGAGGUCCACCACACAUCAAAUGGGCCAGAAUGCAUGCACAAGAGAAAGGUGCAUGCAAGUGCCCAAGACACUCCCAAUGACUUGCAGACAACUGGCAACAUGAAGGACACAGGUGGCAGCACAGAUGUGCUGCAGCACCAUACAGGUGACCCUGGUCACUGCACACAUGAGAGAGGGCAUGCAGUGGGGGAGACAAGCUGCAAGGGGUCAGAUGGGCAUGCUGAACCCAAGGUCAUGGCUGAGCAAUGCAAAUGCAAGGCUAUCAAGCCAGUGCCAGACCUAAUUCUUCAAAUGGAAGCACACACUGCCAAGAAUUUACUACAAACACCUACAAAUCACCAGCUGAGCAGGGAUGAGUACCACUUGAGGGGGAGUGUGGUGGUAAUGCAAGCAGCUAUGCAAAUGGCCAAAACACCAGUGGAAAGGAUCCUCAAGAUCACACAAACAAGCCAGCUGGUAGCAAGAGCCAUCAGCACAUGA